CUUUCUUCGCAGGAAGCCCGAUGUCUCAGGGCGUCGUUGAAGGCAAAGCCCGGGUGGUGCCAUCGUUUGAAGAAGCCCACCUUAUACAGAAGGGCGAAAUACUGGUAACGACUGCAACCGACACCGGCUGGACGCCCUACUUCCCUCUGUUGGCCGGAGUCGUGACUGAAGUUGGCGGCCCGCUAUCUCACGGUGCCGUCGUCGCUAGAGAGUACGGGCUUCCAUGCGUCGUCGGGGUCGAAGGCAUCACCACGAUGCUUGACACCGGUGACUAUCUCCAGCUGGAUGGUAACAAAGGUUUACUGAGAAAAAUAACGAUCCCGGCAGCCGAAGAAGACUGACGAGGGUAUUUUUCAAGAAAAAAGAAUAAAUAUGUACAGUAGAAUGAGUACAAAUAAAGCAUGGGCGAAUGAUU